CAUGCGCAGUUGCCGCCAUGGCGCCGCUCCCAGUCCAUGUCCUUUACUGCGGAGCCUGAGGCUACAAACCCAAGUUCGAGCAGCUGCGCCGGGAACUGGAGCGGCGCUUCCCGGGAGCGCUGGACGUGCGCGGCCAGGGCACCCCGGAAGUGACGGGAUGGUUUGAGGUGACCGUGGGGGGACACCUGGUGCACUCCAAAAAGGCCGGCGAUGGCUUCGUGGACACCGAGCCGAAGCUGCUCCGCAUCGUGGCCGCCAUCGAGUCCCGCCUGGCCUAGGCCGCGCUAGGGCGCCCCGGGAUAUCGCGAUAGGCCAUCGAUAUAUCGCGAUAUGCCAUCGAUAUAUCGCGAUAUCCCAUCGAUAUAUCGUGAUAUCCCAUCGAUAGCGCUUGAUAUAUCGCGAUAUGCCAUUGAUAUAUCACGAUAUGCCAUCGAUAUAUCGCGAUAUGCCAUCGAUAUAUCGCGAUAGGCCAUCGAUAUAUCGCGAUAUGCCAUUGAUAUAUCACGAUAUGCCAUCGAUAUAUCGCGAUAUGCCAUCGAUAGCGCUUGAUAUAUCACGAUAGGCCAUCGAUAUAUCGCGAUAUGCCAUUGAUAUAUCACGAUAUCCCAUCGAUAUAUCGCGAUAUGCCAUCGAUAGCGCUUGAUAUAUCACGAUAGGCCAUCGAUAUAUCGCGAUAUGCCAUCAAUAUAUCGCGAUAUGCCAUCGAUAGCACUUGAUAUAUCGUGAUAUGCCAUCGAUAUAUCACGAUAGGCCAUCGAUAUAUCGCGAUAUGCCAUCAAUAUAUCGCGAUAGGCCAUCGAUAGCGCUUGAUAUAUCGCGAUAGGCCAUCGAUAUAUCGUGAUAGGCCAUCGAUAUAUCACGAUAGGCCAUCGAUAUAUCGCGAUAUGCCAUCGAUAGCACUCGAUAUAUCGCGAUAUGCCAUCGAUAUAUCGUGAUAGGCCAUCGAUAUAUCGCGAUAUCCCAUCGAUAUAUCGCGAUAUCCCAUCGAUAUAUCACGAUAGGCCAUUGAUAGCGCUCGAUAUAUCACGAUAUCCCAUCGAUAUAUCGCGAUAUCCCAUCGAUAGCGCUCGAUAUAUCGCGAUAUCCUAUUGAUACCAACCAAUAUAUCACGAUAGCGCUCGACACCACACGAUAUAUCGCAAUAUAGCGGGCGGUAUAGAUGGAUAUCGUGAUAUAUCGGGUGAUAUUGGCAGAUAUCGCGAUAUAUUGGCAGAUAUUGGUAGGCAGCAAUGGGUAUUGCCACAUAUCAGGUGGUAUUGAUGGAAUAUUGCGAUACACUGGGUGGUAUUGAUGGAUAUUGCGAUAUAUUGGCAGGUAUUGAUGGAUAUUGGUAAACAGCAACGGGUAUCACGAUAUAUUGGGUGGUUUUGAU